AUGCGUCUGUUCUUUGGUAAGAAGAAAGAGCAGAAGAAGUCGGCUCCUCCUCCACAACAGAAUUUGCCCGAUGCAAUUAUGAAGAACAAGGAAGCGAUCGAAACGUUGGAGAAGCGGGAGCUGUUGAUUGAGAAGAAGAUGGCAAUACAGGAACAAGAGGCUCGUAGUCCUGGGAGGGGAAGCUGA